AUGCUAAGCAAGAGGGUAUGCAUCCCAAGAAUAACGCAAGCCCUAAAAAGGAAUUAUGCUUCGUCAUCAGUAGCUGCAUUUGCUAAUCCAAACAUUGAAAUGACUACCUUACAAAAUGGAUUAAGAAUAGUAACUGACAGUACACCGGGCCAUUUCAGUGCUUUAGGUGCCUACGUUGAUGCUGGAUCAAGAUUCGAAAACCCAGAAAAGCCGGGGCUUUCUCAUAUUUUUGAUAGAUUAGCAUGGAAGUCUACGGAUCAAUAUACCGGGAUCGAAAUGAUGGAGAACUUAUCGAAGUUAGGCGGUAAUUAUAUGUGUUCAGCACAAAGAGAAUCCAUGAUUUAUCAGGCUUCCGUUUUUAACAAGGAUGUGGACAAAAUGUUUGAUUGUAUUGCUCAAACCAUUCGGGCACCAAGAAUCACUGACCAGGAACUUGUAGAAACCUUGCAAACCGCAGAUUAUGAAGUUAGUGAAAUUGCUUUAAAACAUGACAUGUUUUUACCUGAAGUGUUACAUUGUGCAGCAUAUUCGAAUAAUACUUUGGGAUUGCCGUUAUUCUGUCCACCAGAGAGAAUUCCAAUGAUAUCGAAGGAUGAAGUAUUGAACUAUCAUAAAACCUUUUAUCAACCACAAAAUAUUGUGGUUGCGAUGGUUGGUGUUCGUCAUGAUCAUGCAGUCAGGUUAGCUCAAUCGCAAUUCGGAGAUUGGAAAUCAUCAUCCUUACAAAGACCAGAUUUGGGUACCGUGAACUAUACGGGGGGAGAGAUAGCAUUGCCUCACCAACCUCCACUUGCAGGUAAUUUACCAGAACUUUACCACAUGCAAAUCGGGUUUGAAACUACUGGCUUAUUAAAUGAUGAUUUAUAUGCGUUAGCUACGUUACAGAAGUUAUUAGGCGGUGGUUCCUCAUUUUCGGCAGGCGGGCCCGGUAAAGGAAUGUUUUCAAGAUUAUAUACCAGAGUUUUAAAUCAGUAUGCAUUUGUUGAAAAUUGCAUGAGUUUCAAUCAUGCAUAUAUAAACUCUGGUUUGUUUGGCAUUACAAUAUCGUGUUCACCUAAUGCAGCUCAUGUAAUGUCACAGAUAAUUUGUUUCGAACUUUCUAAGCUUUUAGAGAAGGAUCCCUCUGAAGGAGGACUCACUGAUAGAGAAGUUAAGAGAGCUAAAAACCAGUUAAUCAGUUCAUUAUUGAUGAAUGUUGAAAGUAAGCUUGCUGCCUUAGAGGAUUUAGGUAGACAAAUCCAGUGUCAAGGCAAAUUGACUACAAUAGAUGAAAUGAUUGAUAAAAUUGAGAAAAUAACUGUUGAGGACUUGAGAAAAGUUGCAGAAAAGAUUUUAACAGGUAAUGUUGUUACCAAGGGUGUAAGCUCUGGUAAGCCAUCAGUAGUAAUGCAAGGUGAUAGAGCAGCAUUCGGUGACGUUGAAUUUGUUCUUCGUCAUUUUGGUUUAGGGAAGUUUGAUGGACCUCCGUUGACAGAACCGAGAGAUUUCUCCAGCGGUCUUGGCAAUAAGAUAAGUAAGUGGUUUUAA